AUCUUGGCAAACAAGGGGUUCCAAGAUCAAUUCAUCAGUGCCAGUUUACCAGGAAUACGCAGGUGAAGACCUGGAAUACGAUCCUGUGAGAGUGAAAUCGGUAAGAUCUGCAAUGUUCAUAAAUAAUAUGCCUUGGAAUCCCUCUCUCGUUGCUCAAUUAUCAUCAUCUCUUGGUUCGGAAUUUCUCGCUCACAAUGCAUCUAUACAGGAUUGCAGUCAUCUUUGCAAGCCUGACGUCGGCCGUUUCAGCCCUCACGGUCAAGUCCACCAAACAGUGGACAAUCGGCACCGAUGUCCAAGGCUCCGAACGACUCAAUGGCGUGAGCUAUCAAGAAGAUGCCCUCAUUACUUAUGGGGACUAUCAAUAUGUUACUUUUUACGAGACUGCCCCGGCGGGAUAUCUCAACCAUUUCGUGAAGGUGGGACGUAGAAAGGUUUCACCUAGUAUCGGCGACUGGGAGUUCCUCACUCUCGAUGACUAUACCCAGAAGACGAUGGAUGGCCAUAACAUGAUCUCUAUGGGUAUUUCAGGGGAUGGAAAGAUUCACCUCAGCUUUGAUCAUCAUGAUGUCCCGAUCAAUUACCGCAUCUCGAAAAACGGUAUCGCAAAAGACGUUCCCUCAAAAUGGACCUCAGAUCUCUUCGGCCCCGUCGUCCAUGAGCUUGUUGGGUCCCAAGGACCUUACUCGCCACUGACGUAUCCUCGAUUUGAGCCUUUGAGCAACGGUGACCUUCUAUUAGAGUUUCGAAUUGGCCAGUCGGGGUCGGGCGAUAGUUACAUCCAUCGCUACAGCGCAUCGACUGGGAAAUGGCAAGCCUACGGAAUGUACAUCCAAGGUGACGACAACAAUGCGUACAUCAACGGAAUAGAUUACCUGGAUGGAAAGUUGUAUACCUCGUGGACUGUCAGAGAAACACCGAAUGCUGACACCAAUCAUGGUGUUUAUUUUGCCUACUCGAAUGACGAUGGCAAGACAUGGUUCAAUACGAAUGGUACCAAGCUGUCGAAACCCAUUUCAACAUCUGAUGACAGCACCUUGAUCUGGGAUGUUCCUCAGAACAGCCGUAUGGUCAACCAGGAGGGACAGCUUAUCGACAUCAAGGGCCGGUUCCAUAUUCUGAUGAGAGACCUGUUGUCUGGAGAGCAUCUGUAUCAGCACUAUCUCCGGAAACCUGACGGAACAUGGACCAAGAAUGCCAUUAACCCCUCUGGCCUCAACGGGCCUGAUCUGUACGACCCAAGAGGCAAACUUGCUGGCGAUGCGAGCGGCGAAUACUUGUUCGGCUUGCUCCCUGAUCCUGUCAAGCAGUCAACUGGUAUUUAUGUCGCUACCGCAUCAAAAGAUUUCAAGGACUGGAAGAGUCUGGCCGAGAUCCCGAAUACUUCGACCGAGCCGCUCUUUGAUAAGACAAGACUUCAUGAAUCGGGAGUUUUGAGCGUGUUUGUAAGACAGGCGGGUGGAUUUCCUGAUCGCAAAUUACAAGUAUGGGAUUUUGAGCUUGACCUAUAGUUAUAUACAUGAGCCAACCGGUUUCUCUGCCUCUUGUUUCAUUCCAGUAGAUUAUAUCUUGUUCCUGCAUUCGUCUAUGCCUCAUCUCCGUGGC